AUGGGUCAGACCCUAAGCAAGAUGCCAGGCGACUGGCCAGUUCCGGAGCCAGGAACCACCUUGUCUACUACCGCCGUCAUCGACCUCAACGAAGCCAGUACUGCUGUCAAGACUACGGAGCAGCAGCAAGUCCCGCCAGUCGACACUACCCUACAGCCCCAGCCAAAUGUACGCCCCGGCCAGAACGAGACACCCCAUUCUCCUGCGGCAAAACUUGUGAAGCCACAGACCAAGGCUGAGGACAAGGAGAAGAUCACGACCCAGACGAGCAACGGACGUGGUACAUCAUCCAGCUCUAAGGAAGUUUCCACCCUCGUGGCCGUGCAGACGAUUCCGGACAAGGCCGACUGUGGCAGCCGCUCCAAGAUGCCAGUCAAGAAGUCGACACAGAUGCGCGAGGUCCACGAUGAGCUCUCCAAGAAGGUCCCGAAGACUGCGCUUGAUGAGGAGAGCGUCAAGACUGGAGAGCUAACAGGGGAAGAGUACAAGCCACGUGCUCGUGACCACAAGAACAAGGACAAUCAAGCCAGUGCUCCAAAGCUCGAUGACCGGAAACACAAGACCAACGACGAUCCCGAUGACCCAGCCGCCAAGAAGCACGAGCCGUCUGCGACCCCGGUGGGUGACGAGGAGAACUCCUUCACUCUGAUCUACGAGUACAAGCCUGUGAUGCUCGUCAAGAGCUCAACCACCGUACGCGAAGUUGCCACCAAAGUUCCGUACUUAGAACAGAGCGCACGAGUAUACUGCAGCAACCAAACCCACCUACACUCCAGAACCGACGAGGAGUCCGGGAUGCCUCCGAUUUUUUUUUGA